UGCAGCCACCCGGCCGGGCUCGGUCGCUGUGGCUGGGGAGGGGCCGCCGCCGGCCUCGUCCGCCCGGGCCUCUCCGACACCCCGAGCCGAGGAGGGGAGGCGCCGCGGUCCGGGGAGCCCUGCGGACUCCCCCCUUUUGCGAGAACUCUGAAACACUCUCUCUGAUCUGUGCUUUGCUCCUCAUGUGUCAAUUCUGAUAUCGUCAAUUAUAGACAGGAGAAUUUGCAGAACCCUCAAUCAUGCAUUAAGUGUCAUGAGAAGUCUCAGGCAAUUCUAUAAUGUAAACUAUAUUGAAGAGUCGAAAGAGAGAAAAAUGAUGCAUCCUGUUGCCAGCAGUAAUACAGCUUUCUGUGGGACUGGCAAGAGUUCUUGCCUUAACGAAGACAACGUGAGAUCCACUGAUCAGUUUGACUUAUAUUCUACACAGCAAAGCAAAUACAGCCACACAGUCAGCCACAAACCAAUUGCAUGCCAGAGACAAGACACGUUAAAUGAAACACACCUGCAGGCCACAAGUGGCAGGAAUAUAGAGACAAAAGAUGAACUAAAGAAAAAGAAAAACCUCAACCGAUCUGGUAAACGUGGAAGGCCAUCGGGGACCACAAAAUCAGCGGGGUACCGAACCAGCACAGGUCGACCUCUUGGGACCACCAAAGCAGCUGGAUUUAAAACAAGUCCAGGCAGACCCUUGGGUACAACUAAAGCUGCAGGAUACAAAGUCAGCCCAGGCAGACCUCCAGGAAAAAAGCAGCAAGCCUUCAGGUGUUCCAGUGAUGCCUAACACAUAAUGAGCUGGACUUUAUGAUGUACUUUACAAUAGGAUAUGUGUUAUAUUGGCUGUUUUAUCAGAUGAUUUUUCAACAAAAGGCUGAAACUCCUGAACUCUUCCUGGAAAGCAGUCUUCUUCAGCUGAAUGUAAUAACUACAGGAGAGUCACACAUCGCUGGCAAGGAACACUUUGCAUGUCACCAAUGUACCUUCGAAUAAUGCCACUUACCUCCUUCUGUUUAUCUUGUUCACCCGUUUCGUUUCUCACUUGUGCAUCUACUCAAUGGUGCUGUGCCGUGUGUCAGGAGAUAAUGCAGAUGUAUUAUUGUUCUACUAGAAUAAUGAAUUUUGUAUUCAAGUAUGUGGAUGAAAUAAUGAAAUCAUCUAAACAAUUUAUAUUCAUUAUAGUGUUUAUUAAUAUCAGAUGAAAUAUAAUCCCAGUAAAAAGAAUGAACAUUGUCAAUUGUGAAAGGAUGAACUAAAGUAGAAAAAUGUGUUCAUGGCAUCUGUACAGGGCCACUUGGCACCUUGGAUUUGGCAAUGAGACCAGAAAGUGCAAUGCUGGGCACUUCCUUAUUCUGGUUUAUUUCAUCCAUAACUGCAGUUUACUGGUGCCAUGCUGUGGGAGAAAGAGCAAGAAGUCAAAGUGAAAUACGAAUGGAACCUUUAAAUGUUUUUGCUUUGCCUAUUAUAUAUAAUCUGCAGAAUAUAUUGUGCUUUUUUUGUAACACUGUCUGUUGUCAUGACAAACACUGAAACAGCAUGUUUAAUGCCUAUACUUUGAUAUUAUCAAUGGGAAAACUGGCCUUUUCCACUAUAGUAUGAAAACAUUAUUUGUAAGGUAAAUUGCUAAUUUUAUAUUAUGUACAAUAAUUCUGCUCUUCAUAAGAUAGGGUUACUGUUAUGUACUAACACUGUUGAGAAAAAUGAUCUACGUGUCAUGUUUUGUGUGUUUAAUGAUUUUUUUAAAUCACAUUUCUAAUGUCUUAUUUAUACAUAAGUGAAACCUAAGUAAUAGAGAAUUCAAAAGCCAUUGUUUAAAAUACAUCCAGUAAUUGCCAUUCAAUUUCCAAUUAAAUUUACAUAAACUUUAGAAUUCAGUAAUUUUGCUACUAUUUUUGAAGUUUUGCACUGUACAUUUCAGAAUGCUAGCAGCACAAAGUGUCAGGAAAAAAUAUCUAUCAGAAAGUGGCUAAUUUUUAAUACUAAAAUGGCAUUUUUAAAUAUCCACUGUUAGCUCUGUCAUUAAAACAACACAUUCUUUAUACAUUGUAUUUGCUUUCAAUUAAUCACACACAACUUCAUAUAAGACCCAUUAAACAUCUUUGUUCUGAAAUAAUACAUUUUCAUUUUGUCUGGAAGUUUUCUUUGGAUUCAGUCAGGACAAAACCAAACCUAGUCAGUGGAGUGAUAUGUUUGGGGAAAUAAUUACCUUUAUCUGCAACAUAUGAAGUAAUUGAGAUCAGAACUUCACUUUUUUAUCCAUUUUGAAGAGCUUUAAAAGGCAGAGCAAUUCAAGGUUUUUUAUCUGAAGGUUACUUUAGCUGUGACUCUGCUGUUCUUUGUACUACAUGUACAGUAAAGAUUAAUGCUAUUUCAACAGAAAAUUAAAAAUACAAAGCAGUUGAUCACAAUCAUAAAAACUUGGAACUGCAAACUUCAUUUCUGAUCACAAAAGUUUGUUCCCUUGAUUAUUAUUAUAAUACAUAUAUUUUAACAUUGCUUAAUUAUGUUUUUGAACUCUAGUAGACAAUAGAGCCUUUUCCUAGUGAUUAUUCUCCCCAUGUAGGCAAAUCUAUGUUUUCAAAUUUUUGCAAGUAUAAUGAUGAUAGCAUAAAUUUUUAGGAAGAUUUUGCUUAUCAUGUGGUAAUUUGGACCACUUUGAUUCCUUAUUCUUUCACAGUUUGCUUUUCCUACAGGUUAUUUUGGAGGAGACAAUUACCCAAUAAAUAUCUAAUAUCAGCACCCUGUUCUCUGCUGUAAAAAGCCUGUUUAGAUGCUGUUUGUUUUUAUGUCCAUGAACUUGAGCUACUCAUGUGCAAUUAUGUGUAUGGGAAUGGAGUAGUCUUCAUGAUCUGUAUUUACAUCACCAUAUGGAUGUAUAUUUAUUAAUAAAGUCAAUACAUUAAAACCAAA